GAUGAAGCUGAUUUCAAUUCAACCUGCAUGGCCAUGGGCUACCAUAACAACGGUGUUUAUGCCAAUGACAGAAGGUAUGCAGAAAGAGAGAACUCCUCAGAAACAUCCAUCUACCACAACUGCACCAUUCCAACUACAUGUGAGAAAAACCUGGCAAAGAAACAGCAAUUUUGCAAAGUUCCUGUUCGCUUGAAUGGGUCAAAUGUGGAGUACGGAGGAAGAGUGGAAGUAUUUUACAAAGGUAAAUGGGCAAAGAUCUGCAGGAAAGGAUGGGAUUUUGAAGAUGUCAAAGUUAUUUGUCGUCAACCUGGCUUUGAGGAGGCUUUGGCAGAAUUCAUUAGUUCAGACAUAAAGGAUGACGGAAUUCCUUUUGUAAUGUCAGAUGUCUCUUGCAAAGGAGAUGAGCCAGAACUUGCAUCUUGUGCGCGUAUUGAUGGCAAGGUUAACAUCUCACCUCAAUGUUUAUCAGAUGGCAAGGGUUCUCAGGCGUUGUGUCAACCAA